CCUCUGGGAUGCGCGAGCGCCCCGGGCGUCCCGGACGGUGACGGAGCCGGCCCGAGGAUGGGACGGAGCCCGCAGCUCCGGCUGGUGAAGGCUCUUCUCCUUCUGGGGCUGAACCCCGUUUCCACCUCCCUCCAGGAUCAGCGUUGUGAGAGCCUAUCCUUGGCCAGCAAUAUUUCUGGCCUACAAUGCAACGCGUCCGUGGACCUCAUUGGCACCUGCUGGCCCCGGAGCCCCGCAGGACAGUUGGUGGUUCGGCCCUGCCCUGCGUUCUUCUACGGUGUCCGCUACAACACCACAAACAACGGCUACCGGGAGUGCCUGGCCAACGGCAGCUGGGCCGCCCGCGUGAAUUACUCCGAGUGCCAGGAGAUCCUCAAUGAGGAGAAAAAGAGCAAGGUGCACUACCACAUUGCCGUCAUCAUCAACUACCUGGGCCACUGCAUCUCCCUGGUGGCCCUCCUGGUGGCCUUUGUCCUCUUUCUACGGCUCAGGAGCAUCCGGUGCCUGAGAAACACCAUCCACUGGAACCUCAUCUCGGCCUUCAUCCUGCGCAACGCCACCUGGUUCGUGGUGCAGCUCACCAUGAGCCCAGAGGUCCACCAAAGCAACGUGGGCUGGUGCAGGCUGGUGACGGCUGCUUACAACUAUUUCCACGUGACCAACUUCUUCUGGAUGUUUGGUGAGGGCUGCUACCUGCACACGGCCAUCGCGCUCACCUACUCCACCGACCGGCUGCGCAAGUGGAUGUUUGUCUGCAUCGGCUGGGGUGUGCCUUUCCCCAUCAUUGUGGCCUGGGCCAUCGGGAAGCUGUACUACGACAAUGAGAAGUGCUGGUUUGGCAAACGCCCUGGGGUGUACACUGACUACAUCUACCAGGGGCCCAUGAUCCUGGUCCUGUUGAUCAACUUUAUCUUCCUCUUCAACAUCGUCCGCAUCCUCAUGACCAAACUCCGGGCGUCCACCACGUCUGAGACCAUUCAGUACAGGAAGGCUGUGAAGGCCACUCUGGUGCUGCUGCCCCUCCUGGGCAUCACCUACAUGCUGUUCUUUGUUAACCCCGGGGAGGAUGAAGUGUCCCGAAUCGUCUUCAUCUACUUCAACUCUUUCCUGGAGUCCUUCCAGGGCUUCUUCGUGUCUGUGUUCUACUGUUUCCUCAACAGCGAGGUCCGCUCUGCCAUCCGGAAGCGGUGGCAUCGAUGGCAGGACAAGCACUCCAUCCGAGCCCGCGUGGCCCGCGCCAUGUCCAUCCCCACCUCCCCUACCCGCGUCAGCUUCCAUAGCAUCAAGCAGUCUACGGCCGUCUGAGCUGCAGGCCACAAAGUGGCCCCCGAAACCUGUGGCUGGAGAGAUGCUUGCUGGCCAGGUCUGGGGAGGCAGCGCGCCUUCUCAUUCCUCCCACCGGGCAGUGGGCCAGGAAACCUGGGAGCCCUCCCUCUCCGGUGGACAGGAGCCCCAUAGCCCUGGCUGGACCCAGAGCCUCUGGCCUCCCACUGCCCAUCCUCUUGGGAAAAUAAAAAUGGGAAGUGGGAUGAAGAUGUGGAGCUGGAAACCCCACAGGAGCUCAGGGAACCCUGAACGAGCUGUGUUCUCCCAGAGCGCAGCAAGCAGCCCACUAGAGAUCUCGAGCCCUGAGCCGCUGUGGAGAAGCCAUGCACUGCCCCAGGGCUUCAUGGGAAACUCAUGACAGCGUCGGAGCACCAUGAUGCCUCAGUCCUUAGUGAUGCCUUUGGACACUACUUAAACCAGUGUCACAUGGUCUGGUCAGGAACCUUUGAAGACAGCAUUAGAAAUUGGUGACAUCAUCAGACAUCACUCUGCCUCACCAGAAACUGCCCCAAGCCUCCAGAGCACUGGCAUGGUGGCACUGCCCCUGGGAAGCCCUGCUGUGCCGCCCCGUGCCCUUGGCCUUUACUGCGCUGCAGGCCACCCCCGCUUUCCUGCACUUGUCCACGGAGGGCAGCGGCUCCCUCGCACAGACUCCUGCCCCCUUCUGCCCUGGGGUCUCCCAGCGAGGGGAACUGGGCCCUGCCUUUGGGUAGGGAGAGGGCCCUGGAGCCCAGCCUGCUGGCUUUGGGGACAGGCUCAGCAGCUGAGCAAAGGGAGGAGGAACAUCUCUGGAUCCAGAAAGGUGACUCCUGGAACAACUAGCUGGCGGAGCUGCUCCUCACGGGCAUGGAAGGGCUCAGCCCUGGUUAUGUCAGAGGGCUGGGCAGCCACCACAGGGCGGGAGAGGAGCGAUGUAAAUAAUAAUAUUUAUCUUUUCAAACGCCUUUGUGAAGGCCUGCGCUCUGCUGGGGCUGGAGGAGGGCUGCCUGAGAAGCGGCCUUCAAGAGACCCUGUUUGUGGGGCUGGCGAUACGGGGUCAAGGGACUUGAAGAGUAGAUAAGUGUGACCGGCCUGGUUAUCCAGGGACAGCUUUUGGUGAGGAGGGGAGACCGAUGGAGAAGGGCCAUAGAUUAUUGACGCAGAGUGGCAGCCCAAGCAAAGGUGUGGCAAUAGGACUGGGUGGUCUAGAGUGCGCCCCAAGCCCAGGGAGGAGAAGUGAGCAGCAGCUAGCAAACCGGAGAGGCUGAGCAGCCAGAACACUCCCGGCCGGAGGCCUUCCACAGACGAGCAGACCUUGAGACGAGGCUGAUUCUAGGGCAAAGUCGAGGCAGGAUGAGAGAGGAGUGAAGCCUGCAGGGAGGGCAGUGGGCAAGGGCAGGUGACACCCUGGCACUGUGGAGCUCUGACUGCUGCUAAGGAAGCUGGAGCAGGGCCCGGGGUGCUUAUCUGCCAACCCCCGUCACUCCACCACUGGCUGGUUGAGGGCGGCUCCAGGGACAUCAGUUCACCCGGCAUUUCUCACCUUCGGGCUGCCACAGGGUCAGGCUGAACACCCCGCAGGCCCCGGGAAGCCAGCAUGCACUGGCCCAGGAACACUGUGGGGACAGGUGGAGUACUGGGUCCCCAUGAGAACCUCAGUGGCCCCUGGACCUUGCCUCUAAGUCUCUGGUCAGGAAAGAGGAACUCCUGUUCAAAAAAUCCCUUGUGCAUGUACACACACACGUGUGUACAUAAUGUGUGUACACAUGUACACACACAGCUGCAUCAAGAACAUGUGAGGACACCAGGAUCAGACUGAAAUGGCUGUGGUCCCAAGAGCUCCUGCUGAAGGAGUGGGGGUCCCAUGAAUAAAGACAAACUGACAUGAGUACCUAUUCACCAAACCCUGUGCCCCUAAGUAGAGCUGGGGGUGGGAGACCCCGGGAACUCCAGGGUGGGCAUAGCUGAUGGCUUUCAGAGUAGUUCUGGAGUGGAAUUGGGGGUGGAUGGCUGAUGAGCAGAACUUGGAAAUUGUACCCCCAAUCCCUCUCAGCAUCCUGCAGGGUUCUUUUUCCAGAGACUUCCACCCAGGUGAGAUGCAUCAGGGCUCAUGAAUCUUCCUAGGGUGAAUUCCCAGGAAGAACCAGUUAGUAAAGCAAAGUUGGAGACGUUAUUAAAAAGUUCAAGGAGGAAAAAAAAAAAAAAAGUUCAAGGAGGGG